AUGUCAGUGGAAUCACCCGUGAUCUUUCGUCACAUUCCAUUUCCCAUUCUAACUAAACUAAACCAAUAACUUUCAUUAUCAUCAUUAUACUAUUAUUCAUUCCCUCUCUCUAUAUUAUUCUUACUUGUUGAUCGCAAAUCAAAAUCAAAAUCAAAAUCAAAAUCCAUGUCUGGUUAUUGCAGGCUGUUGUUGCUGUUGUUGUUGUUGAGCGCGAUUUCGGGGGCGCAUUCGCACAGCAAGGGCGUGAGGCGAUCAAAGCCGCGGUGGCACGUGGGCGUGAACAUGAGCGCGGUAGAGUAUUCGGAGCAGCAGUUCAUGAAGUGGGUGAAUUUUAUGGGCAGCUUGAAGCACUCGGUGUUCAAGGCCGCGAAGAACAAGAUAUUCCCUUCAUACACUCUCACGGUCGACAAGAAUCCGCUGAGAGGAGAUUUCACGACCAUUCAAGACGCCAUCGAUUCUCUCCCUCCCGUCAAUCUUGUCCGAGUAGUCAUCACGGUUCAUGCAGGCCUCUACUCGGAGAAGGUGACGAUACCUCAGUUGAAAUCGUUCAUAACGAUAGAAGGGGCGGGAGCCGACAAAACAAUAGUUGAAUGGGGCGACACGGCGCAAACACUCGGCCCCAACGGCCGACCCCUCGGCACAUACGGCUCCGCUACUUUUGCAGUUAAUUCCCCUUAUUUUAUAGCCAAGAACAUCACUUUCAAGAACACGACGCCGGUGCCAGCGCCGGGAGCGGUGGGGAAGCAGGCAGUGGCAUUCCGGAUAUCGGCGGACACGGCGUCGUUCGUGGGGUGCAAGUUCCUGGGGGCGCAGGAUACGCUGUACGACCAUGUGGGGCGGCAUUACUACAAGGACUGCUACAUCGAGGGAUCGGUCGACUUCAUCUUCGGCAACGGACUUUCCUUGUUCGAGCUAAGAGUACUACAGAACUGCGACGUGCACGCGAUAGCGCCGGUGACGGGGGCGGUGACGGCGCAAGGGAGAAGUAGCAUUCUGGACGACACGGGCUUCUCGUUCGUGAACUGCAGAGUGACGGGGUCGGGUGCACUCUAUCUCGGGAGGGCGUGGGGCCCUUUCUCCACCGUUGUCUUCGCCAACACUUACAUGGACAACAUUAUCAUUCCGAAAGGCUGGUACAAUUGGGGCGAUCCUUCUAGAGAAAUGACUGUAUUUUAUGGACAAUACAAGUGCACAGGGCCAGGGGCUAAUUUUGCAGGAAGAGUUUCAUGGUCAAGAGAGCUUACUGAUGCAGAAGCACGACCUUUUAUUUCCCUCACUUUCAUUGAUGGGUCUGAGUGGAUCAAUAUGUAAAUCAUCACCUCCUUUUACAUAAUUAUAUUUUCACAUACACUUCUUUUA